AUGGAUGCCAAACGAAUCUCGACCGAGUCGGGUUCCGACUCACCUCGUGAUGUCAAAACUCCCUACAUCACCGAGCCAGAAUCCGAGAUUCCAAUAUUCGAGGGAUCAGCCGCCGUGGUUGAUCAUCACGCUGAGCGAGCACUAUGUCGCAAAUUCGACUAUCGACUGCUUCCAGUAUUGGCUGUCAUGUAUCUGUUUAACGCACUCGAUAAGGGAAAUUUGGGAAACGCAAAGACAGCGCAUUUGGAGAGAGAUCUAGGCUUCAAGAAGAAUCAAUACAACAUCAUCCUCUCGGUGUUCUACGUCCCAUAUGUGUUAUUCGCACCGCCGCUGGGCUUGUUGGGAAAGAAAUAUGGCCCCUCGAGGGUACUGCCAUUGAUGAUGUUCUCGUUUGGGUCUUUUACCAUCCUGGCCGUGGCGGUACAGAACUUUGCUGGAAUGAUGGCUUUGAGAUGGUUCUUAGGAAUGGCUGAGAGUGCUUUCUUCCCACUUGUCAUCUACUAUCUCACAACCUUUUACCGAAGAGGAGAAUUAGCUCGCCGUCUGGCCAUCUUCUACGCUGCUUCCAACAUUGCCAAUGCAUUUUCUGGACUUUUGGCUUUUGGCGUUUUCCACAUCACAAACACACCUCUUUACCCUUGGCGAUAUCUCUUCUUGAUCGAAGGAUCUCUCACAGUCCUUUUCGCCGUCUUCACCUGGUUCUAUCUUCCUCUAAACGCCGCCUCGGCGAACUUCCUUAACGAAGAAGAAAAGAAACUAGCCUUCCACCGAGUCCAAACGGAUUCCUCCUCCACAGUCAACGAAAAGCUCAAUCUCAAAGACUCUCUCAAAAUAUUCCUCCAACCCGCCUCCUGGGCCUUCCUCACCAUCGAAAUCUGUCUCGGCGUCCCCCUCCAAUCCGUCUCCCUCUUUCUCCCCCAAAUCGUCGCCCGUCUCGGCUACUCAACCGUCAAAACAAACCUCUACACCGCAGCCCCCAACAUCACCGGCGCAGCCAUGCUCCUCAUCCUCGCCUUCUCCUCUGAUUUCACCCGUCGACGAGGACCCUUCAUCGUUCUAGGCUUCCUCUUCACCUUUUGCGGCAUGAUUAUCUAUACCGCCAUCGACGUCCUCCACCACAAGCAAAUCGCCUACUUCGCUACCUUUAUGAUGUGCUGGGGUACCUCGGCGCCUUCCGUCCUUCUCUCAACAUGGUACAACAACAACACUCCCCAUGAAGGCCGGCGCAUCGUGCUCACCUCCGUCGGCGUCCCACUCGCUAACGUCAUGGGUCUGGUCUCAAGUAACAUCUUCACACCGGAAUCAGCGCCCGAAUAUAUACCUGCGCUAGCUACGACGGCGGCGUUUGGUGCGUUUGGCGCGUUGGUGGCUGGGCUAUUGAGUUUGUAUAUGGUGUUUGACAAUAAGAGGAGAGAUCGGAAGUUGGGACGGAAACUUGAUAUCCGGGAUGUGCCUACUGAGUUGCUUAAGGAUGGUCCGAAGGUGCCUGAGUUUAGGUGGUUUUUGUGA